GGAAAGGGAUAAAAACCCAGGAAAGGGAUAAAAACCCAGGGGGCAGCGGGUCUCGAUGGGAAGAACGGGAACAAGGGAGCCAAAGGUGACAGAGGAUUCCAGGGGCAGAAGGGGAAGCCGGGAUGGAAAGGCGAUCCCGGGACCGCCGGUGACGCCGGGCAGAAAGGAGCAAAGGGAUUCCCGGGACUUCCGGGCCUCGCCGGCGCUCCCGGAGCCAAAGGCACCAAGGGAGAAAGGGGAAGUCCUGGAAAACCGGGAAUGCCGGGAUCGGAUGGACGGCACGGAGCAAAGGGGGAACAGGGAGCGGCGGGAAACACCGGAGCCUCGGGAAUUCCGGGGGAGAAAGGAGAAAAGGGAGCCAAAGGAGUUCCUGGAUUGGGAGGCUUCAAGGGACGGAUGGGAUGGCCCGGGAAGGCUGGAAUUGCUGGAGCAGACGGACUUCAAGGACCACAGGGACAACCAGGACCACAGGUGA